AUGCCCCCAGAUCUGUUCGAGUACAAGUUCGUGGGCAGCCGGGUGGUGAACAGCACGUUCCUGCACAGCAAGGAGGGCUGCCAGCUGGACUUCAGCGACGACAACACCGCCUACAUGGUCUACUUCGUCAGCUUCCUCGGCACCCUGGCCGUGCUCCCCGGGAACAUCGUCUCCGCGCUCCUCAUGGACAAGAUCGGCCGCCUCCGCAUGCUGG